AUGUCAAAAUCAUUAGAAUGGGAUAAUCUCGAUUUUUCUCUACUUCCUUGGAUAAGAACAGGGCUGGAUGUCAUGGGUUUUGAAACAAUGACCCCAGUUCAAGCAUCGACAAUUCCUAUGCUUGCUGGCAACAAAGAUGUGGUCGUAGAUUCUGUAACAGGCUCAGGUAAGACUGCAGCCUUCGUCAUACCUAUACUAGAAAAAAUUGUAAAGGAGGAAGCGAACUCAUCCAAAUUCAAGAAGGCACAAUUUCAUUCCUUAAUUGUUGCUCCAACAAGAGAAUUAUCACGCCAAAUAGAGUCUGUUGUUUUAUCAUUCCUGGAGCACUAUCCUUCCGACUUGUUCCCUAUCAGAUGUCAACUAUUGAUUGGUACCAAUGAAGCUACAGUUAGAGACGAUGUGAGUGAUUUUCUGCGGAAUAGACCUCAGAUUUUAAUUGGAACACCUGGUAGAGUUUUAGACUUUUUGCAAAUGCCGGCAGUGAAGACUUCAGCAUGUAGUAUGGUGGUUCUGGAUGAAGCAGAUAGGUUAUUGGAUGUGAGUUUCAUUAAAGAUAUCGAAAGGAUUCUAAGGCUAUUGCCAAAGCAAAGGAGAACAGGCCUAUUUUCCGCAACUAUGCGUAGCGCAGGUUCAGAUAUAUUUAAGACGGGACUUAGGAAUCCUGUCAGGAUUACAGUGAAUUCAAAGAAUCAGGCACCUUCCUCUCUGAAAAUGAAUUACUGCGUCGUGAAUCCUGUGGAAAAACUGCAACUCUUGGUUAGCAUUUUGAAUAACUAUAAGUUCAAGAAAAGUAUUGUAUAUUUUCCAACGUGUGUAUCAGUUUCUUAUUUCUACUCAUUUGUCCAACAUUUAGCAAAGAGAAAAACUCUGAUCAAUGAAGUAGAAGUGUUCUCCUUGCACGGAAAACUUCAAACGUCAGCAAGAACAAAGACUUUAGCAGCAUUCACUAAUUCGCUAAGUAACUCUGUUUUAUUCACUACGGAUGUAGCUGCUAGAGGUAUUGAUAUACCCCAAGUGGACCUGGUCAUUCAGCUUGAUCCUCCUACCAAUUCUGACAUGUUCAUGCAUAGAUGUGGUAGAACUGGUAGAGCGAACAGGGUGGGUAAAGCUAUCACGUUUCUUAACAGAGGCAGAGAAGAGGACUUCGUUCCUUUUAUGCAAGUCAAAAAUGUGGAAUUAGAAGAAGUUGAUUUGAAAAUAAAGGGAAUCACGGCAAACUUUUACGAGGACUUUAAAGAUUGGAUACUUGAAGAUAGGGAUAGAUUUGACAAAGGUGUUAAAGCAUAUGUUGCCUUCAUUAAAUAUUAUUCAAAUCAUUCCGCAAGUUCAAUUUUCAGACUUCAGUCGUUAGAUUAUGUUGGCAUUGCAAAAAUGUAUGGUCUUUUCCGGCUUCCUCGAAUGCCUGAAAUAACAAGGUACUUAAACACUGAAAAUGAGGAAGGGAUUUUCCCUGGAAAUUGGCUGGUAGAUCCUCCAGUUGACAUGGAUGCAUACAGAUAUAAGGAUAAAAAACGUGAAAAGGAGAGACAAGAAUCAUUGAAAAAUAUAAACCUAAUAAAUGACAAAAAGAAGCUAAAAAGUGAAUUGAAGAAGAAAAAUAUAGCUUGGUCAGAUAAAACAUCGACGAAAGAACGAAAGCUCGAAAGAAAGGAAAAAAUGAGUUUGAAAAGGAAGGCCAUAGAGGAAGAAUUGAAAGCAGAAGAACUUAAUGAAAAUGAUGAGGAAGAGCACAUUCAGGACGAUUGGAAAGAAAUUGUUUUACAGAAUAAGCGGAAAAAGGUCUCCAGUACCGCCAUCCAAGGCAGUUUUGACGACCUAUAA